GGGGCGGAGCGGAGACGGAUUGAUUAGUAAGGCGGCUUGGGGCUCUAGGAGCCCCGGGAAUCUCGGGGCUUGGAGGAGACGCCUGCCGGGUACCCGGCGGUCCUGCUGAGGAGAUGGCGGCGCGUUGGAGCAGCGAGAACGUGGUGGUCGAGUUCCGGGACUCUCAGGCAACUGCCAUGUCUGUGGACUGUCUUGGACAGCAUGCCGUGCUUUCUGGCCGCAGAUUCCUGUACAUCGUCAAUCUAGAUGCCCCUUUUGAAGGUCACCGGAAAAUAUCCCGCCAGAGCAAAUGGGACAUUGGAGCUGUGCAGUGGAACCCUCAUGACAGCUUUGCGCACUAUUUUGCGGCUUCGAGUAAUCAGCGGGUUGACCUUUAUAAGUGGAAAGAUGGCAGUGGGGAAGUUGGCACCACCUUACAAGGCCAUACUCGAGUGAUCAGAGACACAAGGAAACCUGUUGUUGCAUUGUCUGCUGUAGCUGGAGCUUCCCAGGUCAAAUGGAAUAAAAAAAAUGCUAACUACCUCGCCACCAGCCAUGAUGGAGAUGUGCGGAUAUGGGAUAAGCGGAAACCUAGUACAGCGGUGGAAUAUCUAGCAGCUCACCUCUCCAAAAUCCACGGCCUAGACUGGCACCCAGAUAGUGAGCACAUUCUUGCCACUUCCAGUCAAGAUAACUCUGUCAAGUUCUGGGAUUAUCGCCAGCCUCGGAAAUACCUCAAUAUUCUCCCUUGCCAGGUGCCUGUCUGGAAAGCCAGAUAUACUCCUUUCAGCAAUGGAUUGGUGACUGUGAUGGUUCCCCAGCUGCGGAGGGAAAACAGCCUGCUCCUGUGGAAUGUCUUUGACUUGAACACCCCGGUCCACACCUUUGUGGGACACGAUGAUGUGGUACUGGAGUUCCAGUGGAGGAGACAGAAGGAAGGGUCCAAGGACUACCAACUGGUUACAUGGUCCCGGGAUCAGACCUUGAGAAUGUGGCGGGUGGAUUACCAGAUGCAGAGACUUUGUGCCAAUGACAUAUUGGAUGGUGUUGAUGAGUUCAUCGAGAGCAUCUCUCUUCUGCCAGAACCAGAGAAGACCCUGCACACUCAAGAGAUAGAUCAUCAGCACAACUCAAGUCAUGGAGAGGAAGAUGGUAAUGUAACUGAUGUCAUAGCCUUAAAGGAAGAUCCCCCUAGCAGUCUUCUGGAAGAGAAGAAAGCAGAUCAACUAGGCCUGCCUCAGACUCUGCAGCAGGAGUUCUCCCUGAUCAAUGUGCAAAUCCGGAAUGUCAAUGUGGAGAUGGAUGCAGCAGACAGGAGCUGCACAGUGUCCGUGCACUGUAGCAACCACCGUGUCAAGAUGCUGGUGAAGUUCCCAGCACAGUACCCCAACAACGCUGCUCCUUCUUUUCAGUUUAUUAACCCGACUACUAUCACAUCUACCAUGAAAGCUAAGCUGCUAAAGAUCCUAAAGGACACGUCCCUGCAGAAAGUGAAACGCAACCAGAGUUGUUUGGAGCCCUGCCUGCGCCAGCUCGUCUCCUGCCUCGAGUCUUUUGUGAACCAAGAGGACAGCACUUCCAGCAACCCAUUUGCACUCCCAAACUCUGUCACACCACCCUUACCAACAUUUGCACGGGUGACCACUGCCUAUGGCUCUUACCAGGAUGCAAAUAUUCCCUUUCCUCGGACCUCUGGAGCCAGGUUCUGUGGAGCAGGUUACCUGGUGUAUUUCACAAGGCCUGUGACGAUGCAUAGAGCAAUGUCUCCAACAGAACCUACUCCUAGAUCUCUUUCAGCCUUAUCUGCUUAUCAUACUGGCUUGAUUGCACCAAUGAAGAUCCGCACAGAGGCCCCUGGGAACCUGCGUUUAUAUAGUGGGAGCCCCACUCGAAGCGAGAAAGAACAGGUCUCCAUCAGUUCCUUCUACUACAAGGAGCGGAUGUCUCCUCGCUCUGCCCGGCGACGUUGGUCCAUACAAGCAAUUAACGACUUCCCGAAAUCAAGGAGGUGGAAAAGUAAGCGUGAGGGAUCAGAUGCUGGCAAUCGACCCAUCAAGGCUGCUGGAAAAGUCAUCAUCCAGGAUGUUUCCUGCCUCCUUCCUGUUCAUAAGUCACUGGGAGAACUCUACAUAUUGAAUGUGAAUGAUAUUCAGGAAACGUGUCAGAAGAAUGCUGCUUCAGCCAUGCUUGUUGGAAGAAAGGAUCUUGUCCAGGUUUGGUCGCUGGCCACGGUAGCUACAGAUCUUUGUCUUGGUCCGAAGUCUGAUCCAGAUUUGGAAACACCUUGGGCUCGACAUCCAUUUGGGCGACAGCUGCUGGAGUCUCUGUUGGCUCAUUAUUGCCAACUCCGGGACGUUCAGACCUUGGCUAUGCUCUGCAGCGUGUUUGAAGCCCAGUCCAGGCCUCAGGGGUUACCAAACCCCUUUGGGCCUUUUCCUACCCGUUCUUCUAAUCUUGUGGUGUCCCACAGUCGAUAUCCCAGCUUCACCUCCUCGGGGUCCUGCUCCAGCAUGUCAGACCCAGGGCUCAGCACCGGUGGCUGGAACAUAGCGGGAAGAGAAGCAGAACAUUUAUCUUCGCCUUGGGGAGAGUCUUCGCCAGAAGAGCUCCGUUUCGGGAGUCUGACCUACAGUGAUCCUCGUGAGCGGGAACGUGACCAGCAUGAUAAAAAUAAAAGGCUUCUGGACCCUGCCAAUACCCAGCAGUUUGAUGACUUUAAGAAAUGCUAUGGAGAAAUCCUGUAUCGUUGGGGUCUGAGAGAGAAGCGAGCAGAAGUGCUGAAGUUUGUGUCCUGUCCCCCUGAUCCUCACAAAGGGAUCGAGUUUGGCGUGUACUGUAGCCACUGUCGGAGCGAGGUCCGUGGCACACAGUGUGCCAUCUGCAAAGGCUUCACAUUCCAGUGUGCCAUCUGCCAUGUGGCUGUGCGGGGGUCAUCCAACUUCUGUCUGACCUGUGGGCACGGUGGCCACACAAGCCACAUGAUGGAGUGGUUUCGAACUCAGGAGGUGUGUCCCACUGGGUGUGGCUGCCACUGCCUGCUUGAAAGCACCUUCUGAACUUAGAGAUGGUGACAUCGUCAGAAAUCCCAGAGGACCUCAUAGUGCUGGAGAAAGCCCUCUGCUGCUACUAGUGGAAAGUUCCAGAACCUAGGUUAUCUCCAACAAUUUAGUGCACUCCCCUUACAGACGUCACAGCAUCUCUCCUUGUGACUCUCUGCCUUUCAUCUCUGGCUAUUAGAACAUGGAUGGUGCUAGAAGGCAGGGAGGUGCACAAAGCUGACUUUGCUGUGUUGUCGCUGAGUUACCACAGAGGAUGUUUUCAUGGGGAAGAGUACCUGUCUCCAGAGCCAGCAUCAGCCUUCAAGGGAUUAGCCUCGAACCAUGAAUGAGCUCUCCGGACACCAGUACAGACACCAUGUGAACUGCAAAAAGCAGUCUCCUGAGCCAAAGAAUGGUGGAUGUUAGUUUCAUCAACAAGUUGGCUUAUGGUAUCUGUGACUUUAGAAGUUGGUGUCUUUGAUGAACUGAUGGAUAGUGGCCUUGUAAAAUUUGAUAUUAAAAGUGUAAAUAUAUGAUGUA